AUGGCACCGACGCAGCUCAGCAUUGUGCUGGAGCGCCUGCUCAACGAACUCGGAAUAGCCAACCUCAGUAUGUUCGAGGCUGUGCUCAUGCACGAUACAGGCGCGGUGCUCGACGCGAUCCGAAGCACCGCUGCAGCCGCAGAGGCUGGUGCGGCGGUUUGUGCCAGCUCGGCCACGAGCAAUGUUGUUGUGUGCCGAAGCAGCACUGCUACCGCUGGCGCAAUCUCUGUUCAGCACGAGGGCAGCAUCUCCCGCACUCUCGUCAGCACAGACGCGCAAACCACGCUAAAGGGCUCGGACAUCCAUGCAGCCGCGAGUAGUGCGACUGCUGAGAUGCUGCUCCGGCAGGAGUUGGAAGAGAAGUUGCGGUCACAGACCAAGGAGCUGGCUUCUGAGCAGCGCUCUGCGAACGCUAUGAAGAAGGCGCUCGCAUCGGCGCGGGAUGAGCUUGCUGCGGCACAAGAGCUGAGGCGCUCCGACUGCGACAACCUGAGGACAGCGCAGCAGGCUGCUAAACGCGACAUCAAAGCGGCUGAGCGGAUGGCCGACCAGGCAAAUCAUGCAGCUCGAGCUGAGUGUGAGUGGCGUAUCGGCGAGAUGCGGGCCAAGAUGUAG